CGAAGCUUAAUCUAACCUGGGGCCUACUGGUAUUCCUGUUUUACGCCGUUUUCGGCUUUGAAGCAAAAGCCAAUCAUGAAAAGCUGAUUGUUCGUAAGUACCACGGACUCGCUAGAAGUUUACCGCUGUAGACUUUGAAUCAAUGACAGGUUCCGAUAUACACAAGACGAAACAAAACGUUAACAACUUAGUGGAAGUUAAAAUUCCAUGCCAAUGAUACGGGCUCCUAGAAACAUAGUUACGCCACCUGGAAGUGAUUCAGAUUGCGUUGGGUAGUGUCUUGAACAAACUGAUGUUAGAAAACCCCUACGUCCUGAAAGAUAUGUAGAUGUUGUGAACGAAUAUUAGUGUUUACAGACAACUCUGUUUAGAACUAGGUUUCCUGAUGGACUGACGACGGUGUUGAGUUUUUAUCCAGGCCGGAUUCGAAAUGGUGGUACUCCUCGACUCUCUUCGGUGCUUCCUAGCUCCUUGAGGCUGAAGAGCCUGGCGCACUAUAGCCGGUACGAAUGCCGACAUCAAAGAAGCGCAAAAAGACACAGACGUUUGUUUGUCCUGACUGUUAAACUGUGCUGUUCAAUUCGAGGCCUAUCUGCUGAAAUUAGUCCUAGUACAUAAAACUAUUAUAUACUAUUUCGGGUCAUUUAAAACGACCUAGAAUCCAAGCUGCACCGACUCACAGCCAAAAUGCUGUAUCUAGAAUUUGUAAUUUUAAGGACCUUAUAAACUCGGCCUUGCCCAUUUAGUCAUACCCUAAUGGCGACAUACCUCAACAGCCAUGAACACAUUGUGGGAACCCAAAUCAUUACCUGCAAUGGAAAAACGAAAGGGUUGUCCUGAAGAAUGUAUUGCAUAUGUAUAGAGUUUGGAAGUAAUUCUGUGUUUCCAGUCCGAACGAUCGCUGCUUACAUGUUACUCCCUCAAAAAGACGAAGUUUCCGUUUAAAAUCUGUCGAAUUUUCGAAUAUGAGCUAAAUCCGUCGUCGUUGUACUAUGCCUAUUAAGCCGUAGAGACGCCUUUAUUAGAAUAAUACAAGGUCAUAGGCCCGGUAAAAAUGAUAUUAACGACGAGUCAUUUAGAAAAUUUGUCACGGUUCCGGCGCCUAAGUUCACGGAAUGUCUGUCACAUCCGCAUAAGGAAGAUGCGUUUAUGGUAUGCCAAAACGAAGAGGGAAAGCUCAGCAUUAUUAUACCACUUGUGAAAGACAAGCUAAAAAAUCCGGUGAAAGUUACACGGCACAUAAAAUCUACAGCGAAAACGUCGAUAGCGCCGCGAGCCGGUAAUGGAACGCAAAUUAGAGAAUUGGACCUGCCGUAUAUCCAGCAGGAAGGAAACGCUGAUGGCGAAGAAACGACAUUGGAUGAAUAUGCUACUUUGGAUCCUUGGACUUUAGAACCUGAUUCGAAACCUCUAAGAACAAUGAAUGUAUCGACCAAAGAGUUCUUGCCAAAGGAUUCUGGAGUUCAGGAGUUUCCGGUAAAAUCUCAGCCAAAAGUGCAAAAUAGCCAUACCACAUCGGUCAAGCCUCAACCCACGAAGCAAAGUGCUCAUACCACAUCGGUCAAAUCUCAACCCACAAAGCUAAAUGCCCAUACCGCAUCGGUCAAACCUCAACCCACAAAGCAAAGUACCCAUACCACACCGGUCAAACAUCAACCCACGAAGCAAAGUACCAAUACCACAUCGGUCAAACAUCAACCCACGAAGCAAAGUGCCCAUAACUCAUCGGUCAAACCUGAACCCACAAAGCUAAGUGCACAUACCGGAUCGGUCGAACCUGUGCUCUCAGUGUUGAAUGCCCAUACCACAUCGGUCAAACCUCAACCCACAAAGCUAAAUACGCAUAUCCCAUCGGUUAAACUUAAACCUACGAAUCAAAGCGCUUAUACCACCUCAAAGGCUACCAAGCCAGUUCAAAUCAAAAACGAGUCCCACGAAAAGUCUUUCAAACAGGAGCAAAAAAAAGAAAGCCUAGGGAAUACAACACGAAGGUACCAUUACACUUCGGGUGAUGCGGAGGUUCCGAAAUCAUCGACGUUGCAGCUACACUCAAUUAAGUUACCACUUGAACCACUCAUAGAAAACGACAAAAAAGUGGAAAUACCCAAGGCCCUGUAUCAUUUAAAAUCUACUUCUGAGAAGCCAUACACGUCGACCAAACGUUCUUCAACGAGAAACAUGCCCGCAGAGACAAGCAGCAAGGGAAGCCCAGGCUCUGAACAGAGAGAGCUAGAGGAUCUGCAGACGCUAACCUCCAUCGCGCAAGGGAUAAACGAACUCAAAGCCAGGAGCUUCAACUUCGCGCAUGAAUCUCAUCUUCUACCAAGAGCAAAGACGUCGCGACCCUUUACGGAGGAAGGUGAAGGGUCUGCUCGCUUUACGGGGUGUCGAACGUCAAUCAUCAUGGGUGAUUUCAGACAGCUUAUUUGCGAGAACAACUUGGUAAAAGGCCAAUCCGUGCACCUGUUUCUGCAUCAGAACGACGAUCCAAUUUACUUCCAAAAAUUUAUAGACUCGAAAGGGAAAUGAUACAAGCGUUGUGGUGGGAAAGAUGGUACAAGGCAUAAAGGUCCAGAAGACCGAUUUACGUUUAAUGAUCACAGUAACUUAUCGAACUUGCCAAUAAACUAAAACAAAAAGGAACA